AGCUCUCGGGCGGGCUGGCGACCAGCUGAUUUCAGUGUCGUGAGUGGUGUGAUGGAUCUCAAGUCGGUCACCCGGCUGACCAACGUCCCCGACCCCAUCCUGUCGUCGGACUCGGCGACCAAGGGUUAUGUCGAUGCCGUGGCGAGGGGCCUGAAUGUCAAGCAAUCGGUCUCUGUCGCUGCCGACUCGAACGUUGACCUCACCAGCCCCGUCUCGGUCAUCGAUGGAGUGACGCUGCAGUCCGGCGACCGGGUGUUGCUGAUGGGCCAGACGCUUCCUGUGCAAAACGGCAUCUUUGCCCUCGGGACAGGCGGAUUCCUGGCGAGAACGCUGGAUUGCCCACCGGGCACAUCUGCCAUCGGCAUAUUCGUCUUUGUCGACCAGGGCACCUAUGCCGAAGUCGGCUUCAUUGCCUACUCGAGCACCGACCCAUGUAUCGUCGGCACCGACCCGGUCGAAUUCAGCAAGUUCUCGGGCACCAUCUUCCUUGCGGGUAUGGGCCUGGAGAAGGACGGCAUCACCUUCAAUGUCAAUCUCGGUGCCGACUCUGGCCUCUCGCUCACUGGAGGCACUCUCCAGAUCGACCCGUCCAUUGCUGGGUCGGGCAUUACCUUCAGUGGCGGUGUGCUCUCGUCGACGACAGCGGUGAGCGUCGGGACCCUCACGACCGGUGUGUGGAAUGCAAGCACCGUUGGGGUCGCUUGGGGAGGGACGGGUAUCACCCAGGUCAAUCCGAUGAAGCCUGGUCUAUGGGUCGUCGUCCUCGAGCACAGGCCCACUCGAAAACUCGCCGAAUCUCACAUACGAUUCAAGCAUCCAGACCCUCUUUCUCUCCGGGCUGCCCAUCGUACCCAAUACAGGCGCAACGGCGCUCGUGGUCAACUCGUCGCUGUCGGUGUUCUCGGACCACAUCGAGCUCAUGAACCCGCUCUCCAUCAGCCAGGGAGGAACCGGGUCGAGGGCGGCGGCAUUCACGAGCAACGGUAUGGUCUAUGUGUCCAGCGGCGGCGGUGCGUUUGUGUCGACUCCAGGGUAUACGGCCGGGUCUGUGGUCAUUGCCGAUUCCAAUGGUGUGCCUCGGCCGAUUGCGGGUGCUCAGCUGCGGGCUGAACUCGGGCUGGCGAUCGAGACCGAUGUGCAGGCCUACUCGAGUGUGCUCGACUUGCUCACAGCGACAGGCACCCCGAAUGCCCAGGACAUGAUCGUGGCUA